GGCUGAUACAGUGAUCACAGCUGACAAAAGACAAGUUGCAAUACUAAUAAAUUUCUUUGUCAACUUUGCCUCGCUCUCGCUCUCCUUGCUAUCUAUAAACAGUAUCUGAAUCAACUGGCGAGCAACAGAACUCAUAAUCCAUUCUUUCCUCCCCAUUUUCCAUCAUCAAAACCAACGGUCACGUUUGCCGCUACGUAGGACAUAAGGGCCCUGAAUUCCCUGAAUCCACUCCUGCCUCUCCACCUGACAACUUCCAUUUAUAUUUCUCAAGACGCAACAGCCACCCCACCAUCGUCACUCAGCAAUCCUCUUCCUUUUCUCGCGUACUCUGUAAUCACGACUACAAUUCCCACUUUGACAAGAACUUCAGCCCUUUCAACCACAUCUACCGACAACCAAAUAAACUCAAUCACAAUGUCUGCCUGGGAUACCGACGCCGUCAAGAUCGGCAAGAACGUCAGCCGCGGUGGUGCUGGGCCCCGCGAGACUGUUGUCCGCGGCAAGUCUGCCCUUAACGCUGCUCAGCGCAGUGGGAGUAUCAUCGCCACUGAGAAGAAGUAUGCUGCCGGUAACACUGCUUCCAAGCCCGGUGUUGAGGGCCAGCGCCUAACAAUGGUUGACCGCUCCGACGACAUCGUCAAGCCCAAGACCGUCAGCAAAGAGGUCGGUGCCGCCAUCCAGAAGGCUCGCAGCGCCAUCAUGAUCGGCGACAAGGCCAUGACCCAGAAGGAACUCGCCACUCGCUGCAACUCUACCCAGGCUAUUAUUGCCCAAUAUGAGCGCGGUGAGGGUGUCCCCGACCAGAAGCUCCUCGGCAACCUCGAGCGUGUCCUCAAUGUCAAGCUUCGCGGUUCCGACAUCGGCAAGCCCAAGUUCGAGAAGAAGGAGAAGAAGUGAGCGUGUUUCUUUUGAUGGAACCAUCUCUCGCAUAGGGGUGUUUGCCCCUCCAGGUGGCGGUACCGAGGCCAUGUUUAGCCAACACGGGACUGUAUCCUGAUUCGCGGCAAACCCCCCGCGCUUGACUGGGGCUGGUGCCCCGGGGAGCGUUGUUACUACACAAUUGUAAUCAAAGGGCGGAAAGAGGGGUGGCAUGAACGCAACAAGACGGAUCCUGUUGCCUGCAUGAUGGAUGAUGAUGAGGAGGGAGGGUUAAAGGGCACAACAUCAUAAGAAUAUGCGCCGAUGACCUGGUUUUUUAUUUGCAUACAUCUACAUUCAGCGAAGGUGUCUUGCACUUUUGGAAGGGAUUGCUUAUAUUGCUUUCUCGGAGGGAAGGCG